GACACAGGAAGAGCAGCAAGGCCAGGGGGGAGGCAGUCUCCGGUAAUUGAUUGAUUCUCUCUGACUGGAUUCGACAGAAAACAAAUAGAAUGCUAAAAAGACAAAAGGGAACCGUCGCCCUGGGUCCUGGGUUGUUGCCGUGUUGGGCUGAGAAACGCCCGAGCGCCCCCCUCGUCACCCGCCCCAGUUUGUCUGUUCCAACAUGACAUCUCCAACAUUGUCAUUUUGUUUUUCUUGAUGGUUUUUGCUGCUGCACACGAGAGAAACAUACCGUCAUGUGUCAGGCAAUUCCAACGUUCGUCCACCCACCACCACCUGCACCAACGACGACGACGACACCAGCGACACCAUCGUGACCGUGACACCCGCCAUCUUGUCCUUCCAUACCAUCCACAUCAGAAUUCAGAAAACAGAGGCAGAGUUAGUAGAGUUACCCCUGGUAACUAACUGGCGCCGGCUCUGCAAGAUUGGACGCUUAUUUGGUCGGUGGGGAAAUAUCGAUUGGAAAAGUCACGAAUUGGGCUACCCCAGUGACCCCCAGCGCUCCCAGCGCUCCCCAGCGCCCAUCGCGCGUCGGCCACGCCCACCAACGGCAGCCCGAGGAUCAAUCAUACCAUACACAUCCUCCCAGUGUUCCCCCCUGCGCGCGCUGCACACCACCAUCCCCAUUCGCUCGACGCCCAGUCGCACCCCAACCCGACUCUGUCUCGGCUUCCCCUGGGACGACUCCUUAGCUGCUUGGGAGUACAGAGAGAGUGAGAGAGCAGGCAGACCAUGUCCCCAUCGAAUCCGUCCUCCUCCUCCUCCCACCACCACUCCCACAAACAAAACGACUCGAUCAACUCGCUCUCGUCGCUGUCGCCACGCACCCGGCUGGACAGCCGAGACCACCGAUACAAUAGCAGAGCCCCUGUCAAUAGUAACAACCCUCCCCCCCAAGUCACACACAACAAGCGUCGCUCUUCCACCUACACCACCUUCCCUCCCGCCGCGUCGAUCAAGCCGAACCCUCCACGAAGCUCUUCGCUUUUUCCUGGACCGGCAGCCACAGGAUCAGGAUCAGGAUCAGGAUCACCAACUCGAGCAACAGCGCAUGCGCCUCCCGUCUUCCGCGACGUCGUGUUCAAUGACCCUCAGCCCACGGGCACCCCUGCCAGCAAAAACGAACCCCAAACAGUCCACAAGAGGGGCCAUUCUCGGUCGAGUAGCGCUGGACUGAGCGACGGGUUUCGCAACCUCAAUCGGUGGUCAGCGUCCACAGCAUCCAGUCGUGCAUCGAACUUUGCCGGCUUCACCAAGCGGGUAAGCACCGAAUUUCUCGGCGGUGCCUUUGGAAAGAGCAGGCCGUCGACAGCGGACGAGUCUCCACGCUCGGGAGCCACCCGCACUGCAAGCCGGCCCCGCAGCGACUCCCCCGUACCAGCGCCGAUCCCGCCCUUGGAGACAUUGCCGCCCAUUCUGACCGGGCCGUCGCUGGAGGACGAGGUCUUUGAGUCUGAUGUUCUGACACAGUCUUCUGUUGCGCCAAUUGAACCGCCGCGACGACGCAUUGCGAGACCGGCCGAAGAAAUUGACCCUGACUGGGAUGGUACACCGCAGCUUUCCGAGCAAGAGUCAGGAUCGUCGCUGCAGCGGCUAGGGCCCGCGAUCACGCUGCGCCCAGCUGAUCCCAUCACGCCGACCGAUACUACCGUUAUGACCAUGCCCUACACACAGAAUGGGCAGCCCAGGGGCCACUCGCGAAACCGCUCGACCGGGGCCAAGGGGAGCGUAGACACGAAUGGGUCCUCGAGGAGUCGGGAGAAGGAGAGAGAAAGAGAGAAAGAAAGGGAGCGAGAGAGGGCGGGGAAGCCACCGUCCCAAAAGGCCAUGCUGUCGAGAGCGUUGCAAAAGGCGAACACGGCUGUGCAGCUUGACAACGUCCAGAAUUUCGAAGCUGCAAGACGGGCAUACGCCGAGGCGUGUACCGUGCUCCAACAGGUGCUGAUGCGAACGAAUGGCGAGGAGGAUAGGAGGAAGCUGGAUGCCAUCCACCAAACCUACACAAACCGAAUACAAGAGUUGGACGAACAGCUGGCCGACAUUGAACCGGAGGGCAAGGAGCUACCUGAACGACCGGAGAGCUACGAAUUCCACGAGCCCAUAUACCAUGCGCAGGUCAACGGCAGAGAGAGGGAGUACGAGAGAGAGCCGACGUCUGCAGUAUCGAGACACGCGCCCAGACCAAACUUCACUCCGCGGGCGCCACCGCCCAACUUAUCCGUGGACACGUCGAGGGCCGGCCCCCAGAACGGCACGACAAGCUACCUUACCGAGCAGUAUUCUCUGCAGUCUGCUUUUUCGAGAGCCAGGACUGGCAGCGGGACACCGGUCCAGGGGCAAUCACAAAAUGGAUUCAUGCCACGUCCGCUGUCACCUUUGAGGCGACCGUCAUCUCCAGCAAAUCCCCCGCCUCCACCACCGGACAAUGGGCACUCCGACCGCACACAACAACAGCCCGACUAUCUCAUGUCGGGCGCUCGUCUUGGCGCAUAUGAUGCUCAGGUGGGUCACCAGAGAGUAAACAGCCACGAGUCAGUAUCGUGGCUUGAUCCGAUCGACGAGUCCGAGGCUUCUAGUGUGUCCUCUGUCCAUUCGAGAUCAUCGUCCAAGAUUGUUCGAAAACACAUCCGAGCUGCGAGCGGAGACACGGAGGCCGAGUUUGAUGCCGCGCUGGACGACGCCAUUGAGGCCGCGUACGAUGAUGGCUACGAACCGGAACAAACAUAUCAAGGUCAAAACCAAGGGUGCGGGGAGGAUGGUGGCAGGGCUGAUGAGGAACGACGCCAAGCUGAGCUUGCGCAAGACAGAAUAAGGGACGAGGAACGAGACGCCUUGGCGCUGGCCACGGAGCGAGAGCAGAGGUUGCGACUGGAGAUGCAACGGGAAGAUGAGGAAUAUCGACGGCAGGAAGCGAUAGGGGAGGAGUUUUGGGAGGAUCACGAGGCCGAAGAAGAAGAACGCAUGCUGGAUGAGAUGACUAGAGGGUACGCCUUGGACCAGUUUUCGUUUGACAAUAACCGGACAGGGCGGCCGAUACCACGAGAGUCGGAUUCGAGCGGGCUGACGAGCCGGACGUGGCACAGCUCCAUGGGAUCAAACCCACCGCACACGGCCACCACCGUCAUGACGCCCAUCAGUGACAAGAACGCGGCGCUGCCUCGUCUGCCCGACCCGCUGCCGCCGCCCCCUUCUCACGCAUUGCCGCCUCCGCCCCCGCAAACUGCCGGUUCUCAAGGCUCCAACCAGACGGUGCGAAACAGACGACUUUCGGGACAAAAUGCAGCGCAGCUCAAGAUCGAGACGUCGAAGCUUGCACCUCCGACCGGUCUUGCCACAGCUUCCUCUGCUGUCCCAUCGCAUCCGAAGUCAGCCGGGAAUUACAUUGUUCAGCAACGGCAGGCUCUGUCAGCGGGGCCCAGCCGUUUGAUGGGUGCCUUUUCGUCAAGAGCCACACCGUCUCCCGGUCCCGCGGGGCCGGACGAUGACGAUGCCCCGCCGUUGCCCCUGGGUUUCGUCCACGAGCACGAAGCCUCUCGUUCUGCCUCGCCAGCCUUGACGCGCCCGACGCUACGAAGCAACUUCUCGUCGGCGAGCUUGAAGAGCAUGAAGUCGCGCAAUUUGUCCAUUUCGCACAUGGACGAUGGAGAUAUGUCGCCCGGGACACCCUCAAGCAACCAGUUCGGCAUGGGGGGCUCCAGCACACGCCUACCUUCAAUCCCAGCGCUCCCCGAGGCGUACAAGGACCGAGCUAGCAGCACUGCUGCUGGGGGGAUGCAUCUUUUGGACAGCAACCUUCACAGCUUUGACGCGCCUGGGUCGCCGAACCCUUUGUUGCCCGAUGCUCCUGUCGCGCUGGAGCCGUGUCCGAAUGAUACCCUGCUGAGACCGUUUUGGCUGAUGAGGUGUUUGUAUCAGACGCUGUGCCAUCCGCGGGGAGGGUACGUGAGCAACAAGCUUUUCGUGCCGAGGGGUGUCUGGCAGAUGAAGGGGGUCAAGCUGAAGAACGUGGAGGACAAGAUUGCCAAUUGUGAUCUCUUGACGGCGGCGCUUCAGAAGCUGGCGAGGGUGGACACGUGCGAUGCUGACUUGGUGCUGGAGGAGAUGCAAUCGCUGGAGAAUGUGUUGGAGCAAGUCCAGGCUGCGCUGUCGAGGAAGCUGGGGAGUGAGGUUGGUGUUCAGGGGAGCGGGACCAUGUUCAAGGACGCGAGCGGGAUGGAGGCGGAGGCGGCGUCGAUGCCUAGGUCGGGGAGCGUGGCCGGCAAGGGGAGCAGUUUUUCUUGGAGGAGGCUGAGGAGCAAGAACAGUUCGGCGAAUCUGCCUGGGUUGGCGAGUUCGUAUGGCGGGAAGGGGGGGAGUGGUGGUGGUGGAGGAGGGGCGAAUGCUUCUACUGUUAGCCACGAGUCGACGGUAAAGGAUGCGUUGUUGGCGAGCUUGCCCAUGACGAGUCAUCCCACGAGCAGGCCGGCGAAGAGGGAUGUUGGGAAUGUGUUGUUUACGGGGCCGAAUGCGGGUUACAUGAGCUCGUUGGCGAGAUUGUUCGAUGCUGCGCAGUCGAUCGAUCAGAUUGCGCGACAGGUCGACGACCCCGGACUGCGUCACGCCGACAAGACGCAGGUUGGGCUUGAGCUCUGCACCCGGCACGCGGCCGAGUUUUUUGCGUUUUACAUCUGCCGCUUUGUACUGACCGACUUGACGAUGCUGUUGGACAAGUUUGUGAAGAGGGGGGCUGAGUGGGUGCUUGUGUAGGAUGGCAUUAGAGCAAUUGCAUAGAGGAGGUUGUUUAUAGGAAGGGUAGGGUAUGGGAGGGAGGAGGGUCAGGUUACAAUGAACGGGAGGAGGGAUUGUCAGUCAGCCAGUCAGCCGGCGGACAAAGGGUCAGAUCUAGAAAAAGACCUGUAUAUAAUUUUAUACCACUUCUCUUGUCCCCUGGUGGGGAGUUUCUUUUUCCA